AUGUUAUUUUGGUCUUUCAGGAGAUGGCUGUGCAGCAGGCAUCAUUCUCUGUGUGUACUACUCAUCUUGCUCGUGGUCUGUAUUGCAAUUCAGACCUUUGUCGCCCGCCAAACCAGAAUCGGCAUGGUUUUUAAUGCAGGCCUUGACAAAAAGGUCAACAGUCGCAAAUUUAGAUCCAAUUUUUUAGAAGCUCAUGGAAAUAGUGGUCCUACUAAAGCAAACUGCUACCCACAGUCUCACAUUGUUUUCCUCAAGACACACAAAACGGCAAGCAGCACCAUUCUAAAUAUCCUAUAUCGCUAUGGGGAAAGCAGGAACUUGACCUUCGCCCUUCCUCUAAACAAACACAGCCAGUUGUUUUAUCCAUUCUUCUUUGCAUCACAUUUUGUGGAAGGAGUCAGCAGCAGAAAUGUGAAACAAUUCCACAUCAUGUGCAACCACAUGAGAUUUAAAAAAUCUGAGGUGGAAAAGGUGAUGCCUGAGGAUACCUUCUACUUUUCCAUCCUGAGACAUCCUGUGGCUAUGAUGGAAUCCAUCUUUAUUUACUUCAAGAGCAUUCCAGCCUUCCAUAACACCUAUAGCCUGGAUGACUUCUUAGACCACAGCUGGAGAAACUAUAACUCAUCAGUCCUCAACAAUCACUAUGCUCACAAUAUCCUGGCUUUUGACUUUGGCUUUGACAACAAUGUUGCAGCUGGUGCUGAAGACUUGGAGGAAAGAGCCACCGUGGCUAUUGCAGCAAUAGAACAGGACUUCAACCUUAUUCUUAUUUCAGAAUACUUUGACGAGUCCAUGAUCUUGCUAAAGCAUGUUCUCUGCUGGUCAUUGGAAGAUGUGGUUUCAUUCCGGCUUAACAGUCGCAGUGAAAAAAAUCGCCACCAUCUUUUACAUGCCACUGCAGAGAAAAUCAAAAAGUGGAAUGCUUUAGACUGGAGAAUUUACCUGCAUUUUAACACCACCUUCUGGCACAAAGUGGAUAGUCUGGUUGGACAAGAAAAGCUGAAUAGGGAAAUAUCUCAGUUGAAAGAUCUACAAGCCAAGCUAGCAAACACCUGCCUCAAAGAUGGGGGGGCAGUAGACCCAUCACAUGUAAAAGACGCUGGGCUGAAGCCAUUCCAGUAUGGAGCAGCUGUAAUUCAAGGCUAUAACCUAAACCCACACCUAGAUAGACAAAUGAAAACAAAAUGUCAGAGACUUGUAACACCAGAACUGCAGUAUACAGACCAUUUGUACACACAGCAAUUCCCACAGGAAGCUGCAAAGCACAGACAAGCAACUAAAAUAGUUAGUCGCCACCGCUCAGACAAAACUGCCAUGAGAGGAAUGAUCCAAGAGAUUGGCCAUCAGAAACAAUCAAAUCUCAAAAACCAAGCAGCUUCCACAAUUGCCCUGGACACCCUAGGCCAGCGGUCGAUGAUCGACUUUGUAGUUGUAUCAUCAGACCUCCGGCUGCGUGUCUCAGACACUCGGGUAAAGAGAGGGGCAGAGCUGUCCACCGAUCACCACCUGGUGGUGAGUUGGAUUCGCUGGCAGGGUAAGAAGCUGGUCAGACCGGACAGACCUAAGCGUAUCAUGAAGGUCUGUUGGGAACGUCUGGUGGAACCCUCUGUCAGCAGAGUUUUCUACUCCCACCUCCAGGAGAGCUUCUCCCAGAUUCCGAGGGAGGUUGCAGACAUGGAGGCUGAGUGGUCCAUGUUCUCCUCCUCCAUUGUCGCUGCGGCUGCUUGUAGUGGUGGUCGUAUGGUCUCUGGUGCCUGUCGCGGCAGCAAUUCCCGAACCCGGUGGUGGCAGCCAGAAGAAAGAGAUGCCGUAAAGCUGAAGAAGGAGUCCUAUCGCUCAUUUUUGGCCUGUGGGACUCCUGAAGCAGCUGACGAGGAAGCAGAGACUGUGGACUCAGAGGCGGACUCACCCAUCACCCGGGCUGAAGUCACCGAGGUGGUUAGAAAGCUCCCCGGUGGCGGAGCUCCAGGGGUGGAUGAGAUCCGUCCUGAAUACCUCAAGACUCUGGAUGUUCAAAUCAGAACCUCCAGCGUGCACUGGGGCAGUUUGUAG